GGAUACCCUUCCCACAUCCCAAAAGCAGCCAGCAAGCAAGCCACGGCAGCGGCAUUGGCAUUGACAGCAGCAGCAGAAGUCAACAUAAGCUAACCUAACCUAACCUUCCUAAGGUAACCUUCCUAACCCUCAUUCCUGUCCUUGAGCACCAAAGGCCCGCCGCAGCACACACACACACAGAGAGGGAGAAAGAGCCAGAAGAGAAGACCCCAAGAGGACACACACAAACACAGGAGACCGACCAUGGCUACCACCACCACCACCAGCAGCGCCGCCCAAGAGACUAAGUCCUUCACCAGGGUCGUGCGCAAGAUCAAGUGUGCGGCGAUGGUCAACAGCCUGGCCAAGAGCUGGCAGAGCUGGGCCAGCGAGAACACCAGUAAGCAGGACACCAUCCCCUCGGGCUGGACGCCCGACUCCGUGCUGGAGAUGGAGGCGGCGGACAAGAAGAACGGCGAACAGCACGAUGGCGGCGGCAACAGCGAGGUCAAGCUGCCGGUGCCGAGGCCUCGUGUGGUGACGGUGGACGCCGGCAUUGGCAGCGAAGACCAGGGCGAGACCGUCAGCGCCAUCAAGACGUCCGCCACGGUGACCAAGAUGGCGCCCAAGAUCAGCGAGUGCGGCAGCGACUGGGUGAGUGCCGUCAAGGAGAAGAUGGCGGCACCGGCGCCGGCCAACGAGGACGCCAAGAACUUCCUCGGCAACGCGUCGCCCACCCGGAGACGCUACUGCGCCUCCAAGGCAAUCGCCACGGGGACUGCGGCCAGGGGAACGACGUCGACGAGCGGUCUGGGGUCGCGCAGCAGCAGCCUGGACACGGAGGACAGCGGACUUGGAGAGGAGAUGGGUCUCAGCGACCAGAGCGAUCAGAACGACACGGAGCAGAAGAAGAAGCCUGCGACCAGACCCAAGAUCAAGGUGACCACCAUGGGCGACAUCAAGAGCCGCUGGCAGCAGUGGUCCGAGAGCCACCUGGAGAACCAGAAGCUGAACCCGUUCAGCGAGGACUUCGACUACGAGUACGCCAUGUCCAGCCGGCUGCAGAAGGGCGACAGCGGCUACGGCCGGCCCAAGGAGGGCUCCAAGACGGCGCAGCGCGGCGACCGCGCCAACAAGCACAUCCACAAGGAGAUGGACGAGAUGUGCUACAUCAUCCGCGACAUGGGCGCCGUGGACAAGCAGGGACGCAUCUACAUCACCUUCGGACGGCUCUUCGACCGCUACGUCAAGAUCUCGGACAAGGUGGUGGGCAUCCUGCUCAGGUGUCGCAAGCACAAGAUGCUGGACUUCGAGGGGGAGAUGCUGUGGAAGGGCCAGGACGACCACGUCAUCAUCACCAUGAGGGACUGACACGUCUGAUACAUCCAGGAUUUUUACAUUUCUGCUCGAAUUAAAUCAUCUGUUACGGUUACUGUCAGAAAGUUACUCUAAAAUCGUCGCUUCCAGUAAACCUAGCACUAAAUGGUUACAGCAGCCCACCAUGUUGCCAAUUUUUGUAUGACUGUAUGUGCUGUACGUACUUUGUAGCCUGAUUAUCAUCGACUUUCAAAGCUCUGUUCGAGACUUGGUCUAGUUGACUUGCAUGGUUGACCCCCCCUCCUCCCUCAGUCUGCAACUGGUCGAGGCCAGAAAAGGCUAUGCACAUCUUGUCACAAGGCUUGGCAGGCAGCCGCUUGGGGCCCCCAAGCCUAUAGAUGGUGAAUAACAACGCCUAAGACUUUAAACUACAGUAUGAGUAAUUUGUUGUGAAUAGUCAUUCUUGUGAUUUUUUGCUUGGGGCCCCAAGUUACUAUGGAAGCGCCUCUGGGGACUAAGGCUGACUGACAGUGGCCCACAUGUUUGUAAAGAUUCAAAAGAGUUUUGUUACAAGAAACUGUGAUUGUUUAGAGCUUUAAAUGAGCUUUACUGGAGCUUUAAAGAUGUUUUGUCUCAUCCACUGAAACAGUAUUUUUGUGGAUCUUGAAAGAGAUAAAAAACAUCUUUUAAUCUACCCGGUACAAGCUCCAAGAUUUUCCAAUUGUUGCCUUUCACAUUUGGUUUUGUGUCAUGGGUGUCGACCAUAGCAAUACUACUUAACAUCUAAAAAAUAGGCCUAUGCCUACGGUAUAUAUACACUGUAAAUUAUGACAGGAAACGAAUAAAACCUGGCUCACCGUUUCCUCUUGCAGUAACGUAAACGAGUCUCUUUCAAAAUGAAAGCAUUCCUACCUUCUUACAGAAGGACAUUUUGUAUUUAUUAGAAGUGCUACACAGGCUAAUGAUUUAUGUUGGUUAUUAAUUAAUGAACGCUGUAUUGAUUUGAUAUUCUCAGUCUAACAGCUCGAUUCUAAACCCAAAAGCUUUGCUGUGCGACUGGAAAAAAUAAUAAAAAAUCAUCUUUGUGAAAGA